UUCUCCACCAUAGGUGUUCUGUGGCUCCACCACAGGCUCCACUACGUAAUGCGCGCUUCUGAACGCCUCAGGCCGUCAGGCGGCCGGUCUCCGCUUGUGUGCUGCGCGGUGCAGCUGGUACAAAUGACGGGAUGAGAUCCUGUGCUUUUUGCUGAAGGCAAAAGGCAGCACUUGGAGCGACAAAAUUCUAUGGCUUGAGCUGACACGCUUUCCAAGGAUUGUCACUGUUGGAAAAGCUGGCAUCGUACAACGAUGGAUGUCUCCGGCCAAAGCGAUCCUGACCUUCCCGGAGAUUGGACGUUUAUGCCGUCUGAGGGAGAAUUGAUGGAUGCUCCAGACUCGGCAUCAAGAGUGGAAGGAAGUCGUGUUGAAGAUUUGCCAUUAGACGAAAAUGCCACCAACGUUAAUCGAGAGAAAGCCAUGGAGAAGGGGGACGAGCAAGAACAGGAUACUAGACUUGGUGGGGACAGGGAAGGCGAUGCCAGUGCUGGAAGCCGAGACAGCGAUAUUGACAUCAUUGACGAGGAUACCGACCAUAGUAUCGAAUCUCUGAGCUCUUCUGCCAUAGGCAACACAUCUGCGUCACUCAUGGGCUUCAGUGAGAUAUCUGCAGGUACCGCAAGCUCCUAUGGCAACCAGGAGGUGCUGUCUGGCUUGGAUUGCAUAGAUGCAGCAUCGGUGGCAUCUGAUGUGUCUUUGCCGUCAGGAUUGGAGAUGCAGUCUGGAGUGCGUCGUUACAAGCAUGUGCCAAACACUCGCCUAAACUGGGCUCUGACAACUGUGGCUGCUCUUGUGGCUGUUGCUGCUGUCGCAUUUGGUGUAGGCCACUACCUUGGUGGGUCCGACCCGUCCCUUCAGCCGCACGAAUUGUCUCAAGGCCAAAUGCAGCAACUCGAGGCACUUCAGGAAGAACUUGUGAACUGCAUGCGUCAGCAAAAUAAGGAAACGCCUCCGAAGGAUUCGCCCUUCCUGAACACACAAGGGAUGAAGGCGAGAGAGGGAAAAGAUGACGUGAGAAGGCAAGGAAACAGCGGUUGCGGGCAAACUGAAGAUACGGUGUGCUACCAGGAUGCUGAAUACUGGAAGAGGAAAUUUGAGCAGCUUUUUUCGGAGAACAAGGGGCUCAAAGAGCUGCUCGAGCACUCCCAACGCAAUGCAGUCAUGCACGAUCCCCGAGUGGACUCUGGCGGAGACUGCUCCGCUGACUCACCUGACGACCUGCAUAAACUGAAGCUGGACCUCAUCCUCAACCAAAUGCAGCAUUUGCAGCUGAUGAAGACAUUCAAUCAGGUGAAGUACAGUGAACGUCUGUCCCGAGAACAGGCUCGCAAAUUGGAGCUGGAAAAUGAGCAGCUGAAGGCUCGACUUGAGGAAGAGGAAACCGAUGACAUCCUUGUCCAGCAGCAACUGGAAACGAAGGUUCGGUCAUUGACAGAGGAGAACCAGGAGUUGCAGUCGCGACUGGGCCACGAGUCACAGAGGGAAGCUGCUCUGCGGUCCCUCGAACAUCAAGUGCAGCAGCUGCUAAGUGAAAACGAGAGACUGAAGCGCUCAAUGCAGGAGCAGGUGCCCUCCUCUGUCACCACCAGUCGCAUUUCUCGGCUUCGGGACACAGUGAACCGGCUUAUCAUUGAGAAUGAAGACUUGAAGGCUGUGGUUGCCCGGCUUCGCUACGGACGUCCCCUUCCUCUCAGUGAUGAUGCUGCUUCAUACAAGUCAAAGGGUGACCGCCAGGGUGAGGGAAUCGCAGACGAAGUGUCUAAGAACCCACAGCCUGCAGGCAAGGACCAGCUGACUGAGCUGUUGGAUGUGCUGAAGAAGCAGCAAGCAGACUCAAAGCAGUGGCGCAGGCUGUACGACGAGCUCAGGAGGAACCAGGACAGUGCCAGUAGCAAGACAGUGUGGCGCAAGUUGCUGGUGCUGGGCCAGACAUUGUUUGACGACAUGCAGACAGGCUUGGACCGCACUCUGGAGUCACUGGUUGACCUGGCCAAGAAGGGCUCAAGCGUAGCCACUGAUGUCAGCCCCAUGGUCCAAGACCUUGGAGAAAAGGUGAGACGAGAGCUUAACCGACGCCGAGCGGAAUUGGAUGGAUAUCUUCACGGAUCAGGGAAGCCUGUUGGCUCCAUUUCACAGACAAUGAGUUUACUAGAGUCUUCAAUCAAGAAAGUGUUUGAGGCUGGACGGAAGUUUGUCUCCAAGGGACAAGAAGCAACUGGAAAGCAUGCUGAAAAGUUAGUCACCAAGCUCACCAAGGUUGCCCAGAUGCUUAGCAGUGACUGGGAUGCCUCGUCUGACGAGGCAGAGGAAGGUUUUACUGGACCCACAAGUACAGAGAAAACACUGAAGAGGGAGGAAGCCACGCACACCUAUAGAAAUAGCAAGGCCACCAGAAGUGAUGAGGACAAGGAAAACGACUGUCAGGGAAGUAGCAGUUGUUCUAAGAAAAAUGGCAAGGGCAAGGUGACUUGGCAGAACUCGGCAGAGUAUAGCCAGGUGAAGCGGAAGGUGCCAUCCGAAAAACCAGCAAGCAGAAAUAAGCAGCUGCUGGAUGCUGAAGAAACUGAUGAAGAAGACUGGUUUAGCACUCGAGCAAAAAUUCGGGAACGGCAACGUAGUGAGACUUCACUGGGCACUGACAAUUGGUUCCUGAAGCGACAAACACCUGGCUGGCGAAAAGGGAGCAAGGAGGCCAUAAACAAGGGCUCCGCUAACCGUUUCAAGAGAGAAAGCCUCUUUUGGGACCAUGAAUCUCUUCUCAACGAUGAAGAAGGAUUUUCUGAGUGACGUGCAUGAAGCACUUUCCAUUACUAAAGCUUUUUUAUGCUGGUUUUAAUUGCCGGGAUCAUGUGGUAGGUUGCUACACCCUGAUACAGUUUUAAAGCAGCUUUGAAGCGUUGAAAGCCAAAGGAACCCACUAUUCAGGGUGCAGCCUUCCAAAAUUGUUUGACGCUUGCUUUUGCAAGCUGUAUUUUUUUUUUUCUUACCAGUUGCGCCAUUUUUGUAGGCUUGGGGUCUAAUGCUGGACAUUUUACAGCGGCAUUCAUGUACAAUCUUGUGUAAACUUUUCUAAGCUUCAUACUGGAGCAUUCUGCUUACACUAAAAUAUGUGCAAAAGUGUCAUGCUAACAUGAAUGAUGGAAAUGAAAGUUUUAAACUGCGCACAAGUUUUUUUUUCUGUAGCAUCCACACCCUGUAAACUUGAUAACAAUAGCAACUAAACAUUAUAAUGCCAGGUUACUAUGCGGCUGCCGUGUUCAGAUGUGAAAGCUCGUGGUAAGAUUUACUUUGUGUUAGGAGCCCAGUAUGAUUUGUAACUUUUCUUGCAGCUGCUUGCAUUUAUACAUUUCCAGUGUGUCAGUACGUGCAAAGGGCGUAAAUACACUUGGAAUCUCCCCAUCAAAAUGUGUAGAAACCAAUGUCUUGCUUGUUCUGAUGAACAUGCUGGGUUGGCUGCACAUGAAAACAACUUCUCUUGUCCAUCUGUUAUUUCUACAAUGUUGCAAUGUCUUUCAGAAUAAAAAAAAAAUGUGCACAUUUAAUUUUUUUUCAGAUAUAGAGUUAAAACUUGAGAGAUCUGGAAGAAGCUUGCCAUUUUAGUGAUGUUUGUUACAAGGAAGUGAAUGCUUGCUUUGCGACCAUUUUUAGUGCCUGUGUGGUCACAAGCUACAGCUCUGACAUAAUUGUUUUUGUGAUAUUUCUUCUGUAGUGCUGGAUCUUGUUCAGGCUUCCAGAUUUUAAAACUGAAUAUUUAUGUUAAUGUGUUUUGUUAUAGUGGUUACCAAAUUGUCAAGGUGCUUCAAAGAAGGGCACUGCUGUUAUGUCUUCAUAAUGUGCAAAGUGUGUUACUGUUAGAGGUCUUUUGUGGUGUAGUGCUUAGCACACUUCCCAUGUUGUUCCGUGCAUGCAUCAUUGUAUAUAUGUAAAUUAAGAGCCUUUGUUAUAUAUGUGUAGAAUAAACUUGUCUUUCAUCACCUUGUU